UCUAUCUCUCUCCCGCCCAACGCUCCAUCGUGUUUUUUAUCGCCCUUUCCCCUUCCUCUUCCUCUCCUCCUCUAAACCCUAGCUAGGGUUUGGGUUUGAUCGGCUCUCCCCCAUCGACGCCAUGGACGCGGAGGAUCUCCCCUCCCCCAUCCCCCUCGCGAUCCUCGAACCCGUCGAGCCCUUCGAACCCUACUCCGAUUCCUCCUCCUCCUCCUCCUCCCGCAGAAGCGGCGAUCCCCCGUCUCCGGCCGCGGCGGAGCGUCGCCGACCCCCUCGGAGCAAUGCGGAGCCGAUCGACCCCAAUGGCGCCCUCCGGAGGUCGCCUAGGUUUUCCCGGAGCGGAGCGCGAGCUCCGAGCUCGCCGCAGAGUGGCUCCUCGAGGGGAUCGCGGAGAUCCCCGAGAACCCUAGCGAUCCUCGACCCCUUCGAUGGGGAUUCCUCUAAGAGCGAAGGGGAUCCGGUCGGCAACAAUGGCGUCCUCCGGAGGUCCCCUAGGCUUCUCGAGAACGGAGCGUCGGCUCCGAGAUCGGCGGGAAAUGGCCCCAAUUCCGCCUCUAGAAGUUCCGGUCCCCUCUCCGCUCUUCCCUCACCGAAGGCUCGACGCCGAUCCUCGACAGAUCCGUCCGAGAACAAUGGAGAUUUGGUCCAAAGCAAUGGCUCCCUCCGGAGGUCGCCGAGGUUUCUCAAUGCCGAAGCAUCGGCUCCGUCGGCUGGAAAUAGCUUCUCGAGGAGAUCGCGGAGAACACUCCCCCGCCCCUCUCAAAAUUCGUCCAAGGACAAUGGGGCUAUAGUCCAAGCCAAUUCCCACCAGAGAUCGCCUAGGUUUCUCAAGGACGGAGUAUUGGCUCUAACCUCACCAGGGAAUGGCUCUUUGCGGCUAUCCCCAAGAACCCUUGCAAUCCUCAAGCCCCUGGUGCCCUGCUCCAUGUCCCCUUCGAGAAGCCCUUUGAAUCCGUCCAUGGACAAUGAGGCUAUAUUGGUCCACAUUAAUGGCCCUAGGUUUCUCAAGAGCGGAGCACAAGCUCCGAGCUUGGGCGAAAACGGGUCCUUGAGGCGAUCGCCGAGGUUCUCUACUGCAGAGAGUUCUCCCUGCUCCAUUACGACGAGAAGCAAUGGCAAUCAAACGGCGCCAUCGAAGUCGCUGGCUUUGCCGCCUCCGAAAAAGCUGAGAGUGGGAUUGGGGACAGCAGCAGCUCCGGUGGGUUCUUCAGAGCUGAAGGAUGCUAAUGGCGAUUGCUUCUUUGUAGGGGAUCCGGUGUCGGAUGAGGAAGCGAGGAGGAGGUGGCCUCACCACUAUGUGAACAAGGGUAAAGGGAGCAAUAAUCGAAGAGCUGCUAAUGAUGAUGAUGCCGAUGAUAUUAUUUUAGAUGUAAAAUUUCAUUUCUUGCAAGCAAGUGUAUGUGGGUGUAUUUUGAGCAUUGGGGAUUGUGCAUAUGUGAAAGGUCCAAAGGGUAAACCAGAUUAUAUAGGCAGGAUCUUGGAGUUUUUUGAAACAACAGGAGGAAUCUAUUAUUGUACAGUUCAAUGGUUUUUCAGAGCCGAAGAUACUGUCAUUAAAGAGCAAGCGACGUCCCAUGACAAGAAGCGGCUUUUCUACUCGGACCUAAAAAAUGACAAUCUACUAGAUUGCAUUGUUUCCAAAGCCAAUGUUGUACAAGUUUCUCCUACUGUUGACUUGAAGUCCAAAUCAAUUCCUUCAUACUAUUUUUACUAUGACAUGAAGUACUCUGUAGAGUAUAGUACAUUCAGUACUAUGACAAUGUAUGAUUCAGAAGAAAAUGGUCAUACGGCCUUAUCCAGUUUGUCUAGUACAAAUAGUAUCAAUGGCAUAACAAGAAAGCCAUUCCCUAAUAAAAAGCAUGAGAAUCAGGCAUCAAAAGACAUGGAGCUAACUUUAUUAGAUCUUUUUUGUGGGUGUGGUGGGAUGUCCACUGGUCUCUCUCUGGGAGCAUGCACUGCUGGUGUGAAUCUUGUGGCGAGAUGGGCUGUUGAUUCUGAAGAAGCUGCAUGCAAAAGCUUGAAACUAAAUCAUCCAGAGACUCUGGUCAGGAACGAGACUGCUGUUGAUUUUCUUGAUCUAUUGAAGGCAUGGGAGAAGCUCUGUGAAAAGUAUGUAAGGCAUGGUAAAGCAAAGAGCUCAAAUUCAAAUGUAAGGGCUCCUAGAAAGGACAACGGAGAUGAUUCUUCAUCUUCGGAAUCUGAUGAAGAAUUUGUGGUAUCAAAGCUAGUUGAUAUCUGUUAUGGUGAUCCCACUAACGUUGGAAAGCGUGGUUUAAAAUUUAAGGUUCGUUGGAAGGGCUACAGUUAUAAUGAAGACACAUGGGAGCCUAUUGAAGGACUAAGCAACUGUGAAGAAGCAAUACGGGAUUUUGUAAUUGAAGGAUUCAAGUCUAAGAUUUUGCCACUCCCUGGUGAUGUCGAUGUCAUUUGUGGGGGCCCACCAUGCCAAGGUAUCAGCGGAUAUAAUCGCUAUAGGAAUUUUGAGGCACCACUGGAUGAUGAAAAAAACCGCCAAGUCAUUGUCUUCAUGGACAUUGUGCAAUUUUUGAAGCCAAAAUAUGUUUUGAUGGAAAAUGUUCUUGAUAUUUUAAAAUUUGCCAAGGCCACAGUUGCUAGAUAUGCUUUAGGCCGUCUGGUUAGUAUGCGUUACCAAGCAAGGCUAGGAAUCAUGGCUGCUGGUUGUUAUGGCCUCCCACAAUUUCGCUUGCGUGUAUUUUUGUGGGGGUGUCAGCCUAACGAGAAACUACCCCAAUUUCCGCUUCCUACACAUGAAGUAAUUGAAAAGUAUGGUUCUCCAUUAGAAUUUGAGCGAAACCUAGUUGGGUAUGAUGAGGGCAAACCCAGGCAGUUAGAAAAAGCACUUGUUCUAGAAGAUAUUCUUUCUGAUCUUCCAGCAGUAACAGACAAGGAAGAUCGUGAGCAGAUGCCAUAUCAAAAGGAACCUCAAACAGAGUUUCAAAGAUACAUCCGGGAACCUAAGACUGCCAGUGGACUAAAAGGUUCUCAAUCUUUGCUGUACGACCAUCGCCCUUUACAGCUUGGCGAGAAUGACUACUUGCGAGUUUGCCAAGUUCCUAAAAGAAAGGGAGCUAAUUUUAGAGACCUCCGCGGUCUCGUAGUUGGUCCUGACAACACCGUGCAGUUAGAUCCUGCAAUGGAACGAGUAUUAUUACCAUCAGGGAGGCCACUGAUUCCAGAUUGUGCCUUGCGCUAUGAGAAUGGAAAGUCUAUAAGACCUUAUGCACGACUUUGGUGGGAUGAGGUAGUGGCAACUGUGCUGACGAUAUCAAACCCUCGUAUGCAAGCCAUACUACAUCCCGAGCAAGACCGGAUACUCACCAUUCGAGAAAAUGCAAGAUUGCAAGGUUUUCCUGACUAUUAUAGAUUCCACGGGUCCAUUAAAGACAGGUAUCGCCAAGUUGGAAAUGCCGUGGCUAUUCCGGUAGGCCGAGCACUGGGAUAUGCCUUGGCAAUGGCGUGGCUUGGGAAGAGCGGAGACAGAGCCCUAAUGACCCUUCCCCCUAAUUUUGCUUUCUCUAACGAAAUCCAGGAUAUCUCGGAGUCCCUCCAUCUUUCCGUAGCUCCAGAAUCCGAACCUUAACCUCUCUUGACCCAAUUCAAUUCAAUGCGGCAAAACCCAAAUCCCAUUUCCCAUAUAAAUUUUCUUCCCAUUGUUGUUCCUACAUUUUCAAUCAUCUGCCAUCCUGCCCUGUUGUACCAUUUUCCCCUGUAAACUAGUUUCAGUAAAAACCUAACCCUAAGUUGUUCCGGAGGAAUAAAUGGAUGUGAACCCCUCGCCGAUAUCCUUUUUCCUGAAUCUAAGCUAUUCAAGCAUAAAUCGAGCCUUCAUCCUCUUAUUCCUCAUCUGAUAAUCUCCAUCGACCUAAGAAUUCGAUCGCUUCCACCAACAACAAUGCUCCUGGAUCUGCUCUGGCCGACAAAAUAACAGGAAUAACUCGAGGUUCAAAUUUGGCCAGCUUUGUGAUGUUUCUCCGGUUCUUCGUAAGAAUCAAACUUGUUGUAUAAUGUCUCCGAGGAAGCGCUCGAGGUGCCCUUCGACACUCUCUCCCCUAAUUGAUUUUUGUAUAAGCAUAGGCAGCAGAUGGUGGUGAGGCUUAGAAGGAACUUUUGUAAGGUAAUGUUAUUCGAGCAUAUUCGAUUUAGUCGAUUAUUUGCCGCAUGUGUAGGAAACAGUGAACUGAUUGCCGCAUUGUGUGUUAAGAAACAAGCAGCUUAUCCAAACUGCAUCUUCUGCUUGUUUUGUUUUGUUUAUGGUUUUAAAUUGUGGUAUGUUUCUAUGCUCUGAUGGUUUUAAAUUGUUUUAAAUUGUUUGUCAUAAGGGGGCUACUUGUUUUAUAUUAAUUGAUGGAUCUAUUAAAUCUCA